ACACAGACAGCCUGUUCAAUACCAAUGCUGCCUUUGACUGGGGAUCCUUCCGGAAGCUUGCCCAGGACCUGGUGGAGAGUGGACCCACUACCACACCCACUCUCUUCUCAGUGUGCUUCAGCGAGCCCGGGGUCUAUGUCCUCAGAUUAAACAGCCACCACCACAAACACAUGUAUGUAAAGGUCAUGCCAGCUGGAGGGCAGUGCUACGAUUCCGGACCCUUUUUUCCCGCUACCUCUCAACACCUCACCCGUAUGGGCAUCGCUAGGCAACGACAGCUUCUCCUGCGACCUGAUUGGCUGUUAAUCGGGGGUUUGAUGGUUGGGGCAUGUGUGCUGCUUGGCCUGUGUAUCGCCCUCCUGGUGCUGUUUCGAGAGUACGGCUGGCCAAAGAAGGUUCCGGUGCCAGCUCUGUACCGGAUACAGCAGCUCCGGUACCGGAUGGACGACUACUCCUCUAAAGGGUCCCAGGUCAUCGUGCAGCAGAAGAAGCAUCGCAGCCUCCAGAUCAGCCUGACCCAGGACUCCAUGCACAAAGAUGAGUUCUGGGACUAUGAGGAGCAGGUUGAUCUGGAAGCCUUCAGCACUAGCACCUUCUAUGACAUCCUGCUGAGACACAGCGUGUCUGUCACUGCUCGCCUUGCACAGCUCAGAGGAGAGGUGAAGGAGCUGUACCAGGGCGUUGUGUGCAAGGUGCAGACUCUGCAGCUGGGCUGUGCGGGAGCGGCUACGGAUGGCGGCGUGGGCCACACAGAGCCGUGUGGUGGGCGCGUGCAGCGCGAGCUGGAGCGUGAGGUGGCACGGCGGCGGGCACUGGCCGAGAGGCUGUGCCAGCUGCUGGAGUCCCAGCUGCAGACGCUGCGCCAGGAGCUGCAGUGCCAACGACACACACACAGGACCCUGCGGGCACGAGUCAGGACCAGCCUACGCCUACUGGGGCAGGCCGCCGACAGCCCACAGCCACACAGUGUGCUGCGGUGUGUGUCGACGCUGGCGGACGAGCUGGAGGAGCUGGUGUCGGGGGAGUGCCAGAGGCAGGGUGUGUGGGCGGGGCCUAAGGAGGGCACGGGGGCCCGCCUCUUGUGUCCAGACACAGGCUCCGCCCUCAGCAGGGAUGACAUCAUCGCGUCGGACGGCACCGUGCGGGCGUGCCAUGCCGUGCAGGUGGACUCGGUGACGGGGCUCCUGCUGCCCAACCCUGGUGCCCAGAUGCUGCUGUCCAACGGGCACAGCAUGCCCGUGCCCCCCGACUUCUUCCUGCACCCCCAGACCGGGCGCCUGCUGCCCGCCGCGGGCAACAUCGCUUUUGACCCCCACAGCUCUACACUGGUGUUCACCGCAGACGCCUGCCUGGAGGAUGCUGGGAAGUGGGAGACGCCCCUGUUGCCGUUCGUGCCGUACCCGCCGGCGCGGCCUGGUGAGCGGGUGACGAGGGCGUGCAGUUUGCGGGGGCUGCGUCCGGGGCAGAGGCUGGCGCUGGGGGGCGCCAUGUGCGACCGGGACACGGGGGCGCUGGUGCCCAUCCUGGCGGUGACCAUCCACCCGCUCACGGGGCUGGUGUACCCGCUGGGGGGCGUGCACGCGUGCCCCAUCACCCGCCUGGCACAGCCCAUUCAGCUGGGGGCGCCCAUGCUGGACCCGCGCACCGGCAGCCUGCAGCUCAUCACGGGGGUCAUGCUGGACACUAGCACAGCUGCUGUUCUCCCAGUGGGCGGAGUGGUGCUGGGCGAGUCCUUCAUCGAGCCCCUGAGUGGGCGUCUGGUGCGGGUGGGCGGGGCCAGUGUGCGGGGGGGCAAGCUGGUGCCCCAUGCGGGGGGGUUCCAGGCUCUGCUGGAGGCACAGGCUCUGGGCGCCGGGGCACGCGUGGUGGAACUGCUGCAGGGUGUGUGUGGUGGUGGCGGGGGUCCGCGGGGGCUGCAGCGUGAGGUGGGGCGCGUGCGCGAGGCGGCCGUGCAGCUGGAGCAGGCCUGGAGGACCAGCAUGCACUGCAGCCUGCAGCUCUGCGCCCGCCUGGAGGCCACACACACCUGGGCACGCCGCGUUGCUCACGACGGAGGCAGCGUCGGGGAGAUCCAGCUCUCGGGUUCGGACCGGACCCUGCCAGCGCUGCUGGGCCUGGAGUACCCGGACCCGGGGGGUUCUGGUCUCAGCGUCCCGGUGCUGGGGGCCCAGCUGGACUGGCAGACGGGCCGCAUGGUGGCGCUGGCAGGGACCAUGGAGGAUGCAGAGGGGAAAGGCUUGGUCCCCAUCCGCCUGGGGGCCCAGACGGUGGACCCUGUGACGGGGGCUCUGUCCGCUGUGGUGGGGGCGCGUCUGGACGUGGUCAAGAGGAGCGUGGUGCCAGUGACCGUCUCACACCUCAUGAGUCUCCGUGACAACGCAGACAGCGUACAGCGUGAUACCCUACAGAAGGAGGUGUGUGUGCGUUUGUGCUACUGGAGGCAGCAGAGGCACAAAGAGGAGGAACUACUGGGGGAGUUGGAGGCAUCACUCAGACACCUGCUGUCUGACAACACACACACGGUGCAGUGGGCAGAGUGUGACCAGCAGUUGCGUGAGGUGGUGCAGGAGCUGCAGGAGUCUGCGCAAACAGAGACGCAGAGGAGACACACACACACCAGCGAGCUCACACACCUGCUUCCUACACACAUACUCAACAUCCUCACACAGGGUGAUGAGGAGGAAUGGGAGCAGCAGUGUGUGUGGCAGACUGAGCUGGUGACGGGACUGAACAAGAUCAGUGUGUGUGUGGAGAGGAUGCAGCAGGACCAGGAGGAGGCCAGGGCUCGUCACACACUCCAACUGUCAGGAUUAGAGGGACACAGAGAUGUGUGGGAACAGCUGAGCGGCAGACAAUCCCAGCUGGAGGCAGCCUUCAUCUCUGUUUUGUGUGUGCGGGAGCUCUGCCAGAUACGUGCCGAAGUGGCCCAGGCCAUGUUGUCAGGCUCAUUCUGGUACAGUGACAUGAGCCUGCUCCAGCCCGCUUCUCCUCCCAACCCCCUGAGGGCGCUGUCCCUCACACAGCUCAAAAUCCUGCCCCGUCUGGAGAGACUCCUGCAACACAUCGAGGACACAAACAGCCAGCACGGCUCCGGCCUGUCGGUCAAGCAGACACUUGGGACAGAGAACAGCUCUAGAGAGUGGACCGCCUCUGUAUCUGCAGUCAAAGCCGUGGCCUACUGGUUAGGGCUUCGGGCUUGUAACCGGAGGGUUGCCGGUUUGAUCCACGACCAGUCCACGGCUGAAGUGCCCUUGAGCAAGGCACCUAACCCCUCACUGCUCCCUGAGCGCCGCUGGUUGGGCAGGCAGCUCACUGCUCUGGGAGUCUCGCCUCAGUCCCUGAAGGAGCAGCUUAAGCCCCGUCCAUCAGAGGAGCAAGACGGACCAUUGGUCAAGGAGUCACAGGACAAGAGUCCAACCAAUUACAAUACAGACUUGCUGGCCAUGAGGGGCAGUACUCCAUCAGGUCCCAUCAGUAUUCCUGUGCUGACCGAGGCAGAGUGGGCGCGUGUGCUGGAGCUGUCCCCCCUGUUCCAGCUACUCUGUGGUCUGGAGCAGCAGCUGCGGUGCCGAGCCAAAGAGAUCGGCCUCUUCAGAGGACACGGCACCAAUAGGGGGCGCUCUUAUUUAGACUUCCUGGAUGCUCAGUGGGAGUGCGAGGGGCAGCUUGAGGCUGUUGGGCAAGAGAGUCUAAACACUCGAGAGUUUCUCAUCUACCAGCAUGGCCAUUUCCUGCUGCAAAUGCUACACUCUCAUGGAGUGGUUCCCCUCGUGAAGCUUCAGAUAGCCUCCAAAUUACCCCAUAAUGACUACCUCCAAAAUGCCUUCAGAAACUCCUUCUUCUAUCAGGUGGAGGAGGAGAUGCUGAGUGUGCGUCAGCAGAGGCUGCAGUCGGUGGGCGGUUUCUCUCUGGUGCUCCUGCACUGCCUGGCCCACAUCGCCUGUGGUGACAUGCACUCCGACACCAGCCCUGCCUUCCAGAGGACCUUCUUCAAGGCGCUGCAGCUGUCUCUGGAGCAGUUGUUCCAUGCCAGACUGGGACUGGCCAGCUCAGGGGUAUCUGACCCAGCAGAUAGCUCUCAUCUGGAUGCCCUGAAAGCUACUGAAAGCUCUCAUCCAGAUGCCCUGAAAAUGGCCUCCCUAUUUGGCCAGACCCAGAUGGCCAGCGGGAACGAUCACAUAGAUGAUAAGAUGUCGGGAAUCCUCCAAAGGAACAGACAGGCUGCAGUGUUCCUGCAACUGGAGGGGCUGUUGAAGGGGAAUGGGCCGGGGGCCCCUGAACCCCAGUGAGGUUAAUUGCCUCUGGAGCCACAGCAAGGAGACACAAUCAGCCCUCACCACAUUCCUAAGCACGCACACACACACACACACACACACACACACACACACACACACACACACACACACACACACACACACACACACACACACACACAGCUCUCAGCACAGCCCACACACACUGAUGCACACUCUUUUUUUUUUUUUUCUCUCUCUCCCUAUAAAACACUCUCUCUUUCAAACACACAUGCAUACAGACAUUAAACACACAAACUCACUCUGAUGCCUCCUACACUCUCACUUUUCUAAUCCACUGACUCAUUGCCACAUUCAUUCACUUGCGCUUACUCACCCAGUUUUCCCCCUUUCUUCUGUGCAUCAUACAGUCCCCUGUUGGAACACAUGCUAAAGUUGACUAUUAUAUAAAAUCAUCCUUUGGAAAUUGAUCUAAAUGCCUUAAAUAAAAAAAAAAAGGAAAUAUCCAACCUUUAAGGAUAUCAAUUUUUUUGUGAAUGAAUAAUGUAUCGUAAACAAAUAAAUGUUUUCCUUAAAUACAGGAGUCAUAAGUAUUGUA